CGUUGAUUACACUCACGUUUCCGUUCCGUGCCAGCAGCCACGGGUCAGGCGUUCAACUUACGAUUGGCAUCGAUUUUUCUCGCUCUCAAUUUCCUCCCAGGACGUCUAUCUACGAGUGUGACAAAGCUUCAGAGCGAGACAAAUCAGAAAUGAUUCGCUGCAUUCUCACCGUCCAUCUGUUUUUGGCAGCCCUGACAGUGGCCUCUGCAGAGAAACUUAAAGACGGUCAUCACAGAGCGAAAGAAGAAGACCGUUUUGCAGAUCCUUGCUCUGCUGUACGAUACGAGCAUGACAUCGCAAUUGAUCAGCAAACUCUAAUGUCGUCGGUUGCGCCCAAUCGCGACGAGCACGGCAGAGACAGACGAGCCGCCACUGCCUUUAACAGCAAUCUCUGGCCUCACGGUGUUGUUCCAUACCAGUUUGAUAGCAAGUCAGCAUACACAUUUUUUCAUAAGGCAGUCAUAUUAAAAGCUAUCAGACACUGGGAGUCUCGUACUUGCCUCACUUUCAUUCCCAAGCGGUCAAGUGAUAGAAAUUAUGUUUCUUUCUACAAAGGCAGUUGUGGAUGUUGCUCGUAUGUCGGAGUUGGAGGAGGAAGACAAGGCAUUUCAAUUGGAUCAAACUGUUUCACAGUGGGAAUUGUAGUUCAUGAAAUUGGUCAUGCAAUAGGAUUUUGGCAUGAGCACACACGACCAGAUCGUGACAAACAUAUAGACAUACUGUGGGAAAAUAUCAAGCCUGAAGAGACGCAUAACUUUGACAAGCAGUCUGCAUACAAAAUCGACUCUCACGGUGAACCAUAUGACUACGCAAGCAUCAUGCACUACAGCAGCACCACCUUCAGCAAGAACCAACGAUUAAAGACAAUUCAACCUCGAAAGCUAAGUGUCCUGAUUGGUCAAAGAAAUCAACUGAGUAGUGGAGAUAUCAAACAAACAAAUAAAUUGUAUAAAUGUCCAGCAUGUGGCAGCAUAUUGAUUCAAAGGUCAGGAAGUUUCUCUCCUCCAAAGAACAGCACCUCAAACACAUGCAUUUGGCGUAUCCGUGCCGAGAAGGGCUACUACAUUUCAUUACAAAUCAAGACAUCUGAGUUGGGAAAGAUUGUUGAUGAUCGUUGUCAGUUACCUUAUGUCGAGGUAAAAAAUUACGUUACAUCAAGAGAAACAAAUCGUUAUUGUGCACAAGCUGAAACCCACAUUGUGGAAUCAUCUGAUUCCCAACUGUAUGUGUCAUACACUCGAGAUGCCAAUAAUCCAGACAAAACAUUCACUGCAUCCUACACAACAUCAUGCAGCAAAAAUUUUACAAGUGCCGUUGGUAUUCUACAAUCACCAUUGUUCCCGAACAGUUAUCCUGCAAGUGGGCAGUGUCAAUGGGUAAUUACUGGACAGAGUAAAAUCAAUGUCUCAUUUGCUGCAUUUGGGAUGGAAUCUCAUGGUAACUGUGGUUACGACUAUCUUGAGCUAAGAGACGGUCCAGACAUUAGCUCUACGUUGUUAAAAAGAUUGUGUGGUAGCUCACAUCCUGCACCGUUAAGUACGACUGGUAACCAGCUUUUUAUUCGCUUCAAGUCUGAUAGAUCUGUGCAGAAAUUAGGAUUUAGUAUGCGAUGGGAAUCAGAUGCAGAUGAAUGUGCUAAAGACAAUGGUGGAUGUGACCAUAAUUGCAUUAAUUUUGUUGGAAGCUACAAGUGCACAUGCAGACUUGGCUAUCGCUUGGCAAGCGAGGGACAGCGCUGUCUACGUGACUGUGGUGGUGUCCUAACAGGAUUGUCUGGAGUUAUUACAUCACCCAAUUACCCAAGAUAUUAUGUUGACAACAAACUGUGUGAAUGGCAAAUUCGUCUACCAAAUAAUGCAAACGUUAUCCUAUCGGUCACAGAGUUUGAUGUGGAAACAGGAGGUUCCCAAUGUGUCUAUGACAGGGUAGAAAUAUAUAAUGGAUCAGCACCACUUCCUAUUGGCAAAUAUUGUAAUGGACACGAGAUGCCAAAAAACACCAAUUUAGGAAAUAUAGUACGAAUAGUUUUCAGGACAGACAGAUCAACUGUUCGUAGAGGAUUCAAGUUUACAUAUCGUUCAAAGGGCGUCGACAAGUGCAAGAAUAAGAAUGGUGGCUGCCAAAUGAAUUGUAUAAAUAAACUAGAGGGUCAUGUGUGCAACUGUUCCUCAGGCUACAGACUAAAUCUGGAUGGUCGGACAUGUACCGUUACAGAUCCUUGUCUUGUCAACAAUGGCGGCUGUCAAAUAAUAUGCCGAACUAAAGCUGGAGGGCAUGAAUGUGGAUGUCCAUCUGGAUAUAAAUUGAAUUCAGAUGGACGAACAUGCACAGUUACGAACCCGUGUGUUGUCAGCAAUGGAGGAUGCCAAAUGAUAUGUAGACACUCGCCACCUCUUAGCCAUGCUUGUAGCUGUCUAGAGGGGUAUAAACUCAAGUCAGAUGGACGUUCAUGUUCAGAUAUAGACGAGUGUGCUCAAGGAGAACACAGUUGUGAUUAUAGCUGUAUCAACACGGCCGGUAGCUUUCAUUGUGGUUGCCCAUCUGGUUAUCAGACGCUGUCUCCUAAUGGUACAUCCUGCUUUGAUAUUGACGAAUGUGCAUCCUCACAGCUCAACACUUGCUCUCAGAAAUGCACUAACAAUAAAGGGGGAUUUGAAUGCUCUUGUUAUCCUGGCCACAAGAUGAACAAGAAAAGAAUCUGCAAACGUAUCAACUACUGUAAAUCCAGUCGUUGUGAGCAUCGAUGCCGAAAUCUGGAAACGUCAUAUCGAUGUGAGUGCUAUGAUGGAUACAACCUGACAUCAGAUGGAGAGCAUUGCAGGGAUUAUAACGAGUGUGCAGCUCCUGAUACGGGAGGCUGUUCACAUAUCUGUAUCAACUAUGAGGGUGGCUACAACUGCACCUGUCCAUCAUCUGGUUAUGUUUUACGGAAGGAUCGAAAAUCAUGCUACCGCUGUUAUGGACGAAUGUCUAGCACUGCAAACAUGCUUGGGUUGCCUUCACACUCUGUUGUUACUGAAAAAGGUGCCGAGUGCUUGUGGUAUUUGAGAGUGGAUCCUGGUCAGAGGAUCAAAAUCACUUUUACUCGUGUGCCAACUGAUGACUGCAAUACAACUCAGUUUCGAGUUGUGAACCCUAACCAUCAGAUCUGCAGGUCUAGAGGCUCACCAAGUGUAGUAGUGUCAAAAAGAAAUGAAGUCAAAAUCUUGUUUCAAUCAGAGCAAGCUUAUCAGCAGCUUACAGGCUAUUUUCUAGCACAUUACAGCUCCAUCUGUGGGGGAUCUUUGGAAGUCACAUUGCUAACAAAGAAAAUGUAUUCACAUAAUGGCGAAGGAAAGCGGAAUUAUCCUCCUGGAAGCAAUUGCACUUGGACACUAAGAGCAGCUGAUGAGAAAUACGUAAUCCAUGUUGAAUCAGAUGAUUUUCAGCUGGAGGAAAGUGACAACUGUAAGAGUGAUUAUGUUUUGAUCGAUAACAAUCGCUAUUGUGGACAUCAAUCAUUUAUAUCAUACAAAUCAGCUUCACCAGUGGUGGUGAUCAAGUUCGUUAGUGAUGCCGACAAAGAGGAUGGGGGCUUUCGAAUCAAAUAUUAUGCUAAAGAAGAGACCAAUGUUGUUGGGACAUCAGACAGCAACUGAACAGUUGGUGCUGUACAAAGUCUCAUUUAUUAAAUUAAAUAUUUCUUAAUAAGAUGCAUGCGUUAGUUGCUAAGGUCGUAGAUAGAUUUUAGUAUUUGUUACCAAUGUUUAAUUUAUAAAUUCAAUUAUGGUGAAUUUGUUGCAGCA